UUUGGUUUUCUCACAUUUUGAAAAAGACACGAUUUCUUUAACCUAGAGCGACUCGACGUUUAAAGGAUUCUGGAGGAAAGUAACGAAGACGAGUAAAAAGAAAGAAAGAAAGAAAGAAAAUAAUCAGACGGGUGCCCCUGCGCACUAACUGCAUCCUUCCUCUCCAUCUCUUUCUCAUCUCUCCUCCUUCUCCGCCUCUGUGCGUUUUUUAAAAGCAAGACUACCCCGGCUCUUCCCCGAUCCUGCGUUAUCCCUCAGUGACUGAUCGUUCACCGCAAGCCCCGUGUGACGCCCGUCUUCUUAUGUUUUUAUGGUCGGAGUUUGAACCACAUUUCUGAGCUGCUGGAAGUAUACUUACUACACCGCCAGAGCCGCCCCCCUCCCUCCCCGCCACCGCCGAGAGCUGGCCGGACUCUGCAGCUUUCGUCUUCCCCGACACGAGCGGAUCAUCGAGGGGACCUCGCGCGGAGUCUAAAGGACUGGAAAUUAUUUUGCCCUCUCACAUCAACGUACCGCAUGGUGGGAAUUUCUGCCUCUUUUCAGUAUCGCACUGGGAAGCGCUCCACCAUGCCCGACUCACCUGCGGACGUCAAGACACAGUCCAGGUUAACCCCCCCUACCAUGCCGCCCCCACCCAGCACACAGGGAGCACCACGCAACAGCUCCUACACCCCCACAACUCUAACCAAUGGCAGUAGCCACUCCCCCACAGCGCUCAACGGCGCUCCGUCCCCCCCAAACGGCUACAGCAACGGCCCCAGCUCCUCCUCCUCAUCCUCUCUGGCCAACCAGCAGCUGCCGCCGGCCUGUGGCGCCCGGCAGCUCAGCAAGCUCAAGCGCUUUCUCACGACCCUGCAGCAGUUCGGCAACGACAUCUCGCCUGAAAUCGGCGAGCGGGUCCGCACAUUAGUGCUAGGACUAGUGAAUUCCACGCUAACCAUCGAAGAAUUUCACUCCAAGCUCCAAGAAGCCACCAACUUCCCUCUGCGACCUUUUGUCAUACCAUUUCUGAAGGCCAACCUGCCGCUUCUUCAGAGGGAGCUGCUGCACUGUGCCAGGUUGGCCAAGCAGAACCCGGCCCAGUACCUGGCCCAGCACGAGCAGCUGCUCUUGGACACCAGCACCACCUCCCCGGUGGACUCCUCCGAACUCCUGCUGGACGUCAAUGAGAACGGCAAGAGAAGGACGCCAGACAGAACCAAAGAGAAUGGCUUCGAGCGAGAUGGUGCCCUGCACCCAGAUGUUCACCCCAGCAAACGGCCCUGCACCAUAAGCCCCGCUCAGCGCUUCAGCCCGUCCAACGGGCUCUCCUACCAACCCAAUGGCCUGCCCCACCCAGGCCCACUCCCUCCGCAGCACUACAGACUGGAUGACAUGGCUAUCGCCCAUCACUACCGAGACACCUACAGACACCCUGCCUCCAAUCAUCGGGAGAUCCGGGAGAGAGCCAGGUCCAUCGGUAUGCAUGCAGGGACCAGGCAGGAGGAAGUGAUUGACCACAGGCUGACAGACAGAGAGUGGGCAGAGGAGUGGAAGCACCUUGACCAUCUGCUGAAUUGUAUCAUGGACAUGGUGGAGAAAACAAGGCGCUCGCUAACAGUACUGCGGCGGUGCCAGGAGGCCGACCGUGAGGAGCUCAACUACUGGAUCCGACGAUACAGCGAUGCCGAAGAGCUGAAAAAGGGUGCCGCUAGCGGGCAGUCAAGGCAGCAGAGCCCUGCAGCCCAGGAAAAUACAACAUCAGAAAUUCACAGGGAGCUGCUGCAUCGGCCUGUGUCUGGCUACGUCCCUGAAGAGAUCUGGAAGAAAGCUGAAGAGGCAGUGAAUGAGGUAAAGCGGCAGGCCAUGUCGGAGCUGCAGAAGGCCGUGUCGGAGGCUGAGCGCAAGGCACAUGAGAUGAUUAGCAGCGAGCGGGCCAAGAUGGAGCGCACGGUGGCCGAGGCCAAGCGGCAGGCGGCCGAGGACGCGCUCUCCAUAAUCAACCAGCAGGAGGACUCCAGCGAGAGCUGCUGGAACUGUGGCCGCAAGGCCAGUGAGACGUGCAGUGGCUGCAACACAGCGCGCUACUGUGGCUCAUUCUGCCAGCACAAGGACUGGGAGAAGCACCACCACGUCUGUGGUCAGACCCUCCAGGCCCAGCAGCAGCAGGCCACCCAGCAGCAGGGAGGCGUCCCUGGGUCAGAGACCCCGGCUCCCAUCAGCUCAUCAGCCUGCACCCCAAGCAGUGGGACUGGGAGUCCGGCUGCUACCCCGCCUGCUGCUACCCCUCGCUCCUCCACCCCCAGCACCCCGUCCUCCUCUGUCCUGGAUGGCACACCACGCUAAGAGACUCACACAGAGGAUGGAGGCAAAGGCCUCCAGGGCCAACCCUCAACCCCCACAAACAGCAUGACUGUCUACAUUGCCUUGCGAAGAUGCUAAGCUAACAUGGAUAACAGAGAGAGAUGGCAAUGCUUCUGUCUAUCUUGCAGCGUAGUCAUAGAAGGAGGAGGAGAUCCAUAAUCAGGUCAUAUUGACUUGCCAUGACUUUAAAGAAACACAAAGAUAUUCUUUGUUUUGAAUGAAUGACUUUAAAUAUUGACAUCCUUUUAUCGUUACACUUGCUAUUCUUGUUGUCUGUUUGUCGUUGUGCCUGUUGUUGUUAAUGUUGCUGUCAUUGUAGCUUAUCUUGUUUUCUCCUGUAAAUAUGAGACUCAGACUGAGCAGAGAUAGCAGUGAACUCAAGACAAGUAUAUCUGACCUCCCCCUUUUUUUUAAUGUUUUUAUUUUCCAUCCUUGAAUUAACACUUAUUUCCUUCCUGUACCUGGGACAUGAGACUAGUCAACCUCAAGAAGACAUUUUACCAAACAGCAUACCAAGGGAACAUACCUGGCUAGGAGAAUGUCAUCAACGUUCUUUGUGAGGAAAGAAAUUAAGACUUAAAUACUCUGAGAGACACACUGGCGGAUACAUAAACAAGUUUGCUGCCUGGAGAGGGGAGAGGGAUGGACUGAAUCUCUGGUCCACAGACUGCCAUGAAAUGGGCAGAUGUGCAGCAGAUUGCAAGCAGAGCCAGCUGUUCAACCAAUGUUAUUUCCCUCUCACUUGUAAUAAUAUCCAGGUCAGUGGGCUGGGAAAUACAAAUCCAUCUCCCCGAAGGAUGUAAAAGGAAGAAUUCUUGGACAAGAUACAAAACUUUGCCCACCGCACAUGUGGAGGAUGUACUCACUGCAAUUCGCACGUGCAUGCUCGGUGGGUCGCGGAAGCUCUCAAAACAGGAAGUGAAGUCAUCAUCCCCACCAGUGAGACUGUCAAAUCAGCUCGACAGCAGUUGCUGAGGCACGCAGAGCUGAAACCUACAGUGUGAAGACUCACCCCCAGACACUCCUCUCCCGUCUCAACUCUGAAAAACAUUUUCAUCUUUCUUCAUGUUCUUUUUCUAUAGAUGUCAUGGUGUUUAAGACUUCUGUCCUGUGGUGUCAUCAAUGGUUAUUUAUUGUAUAUGUGUUGGACAAUUGUGACAAUGCAUAGUACUUCAACCAGUCACAACUCUUAAGUCCUUCAUAACUCUCUCUCUCUCUAGCUCGUGCAAAAAGAGAUAAAAAAAAGAAGUGUUAUCUUUUUUCCAAGCUGCUUUUCUAUUCUGUGUGUAAGUGGUAGAUCCCUCGUAGUUCUAUAAGUUUUACUUCCCUUUGUCCUCAAGAAAAGACACAAGCUAUAUCUCAGAGCUGCUACUUGAGUCCGACCCAGAUCUUUUCUGAGAACUAGCAUGUUGCGCGGAAUGCUAACCUAAAUGUUUUGUACAAGGGACAUACAUAAAUGUAUUUGCACUGUCACAGAGGUUAUUUCGGCAUGCUUCUUUUCAGCAUACUUGUGUUGUCGGUAUAGAGCCAUAAUUCAUCAACCAUUUUGUAUGUAGUGAUAGCAUAAUCUGUUUUUACAUUUUUUUGGGGCGAUGGGGGUAGGGGUGGGGGAGUUGAAAAAAUGUAAAAUCACCAAACCCACAUUUUUUUCUUCUUAACAUGCUAACAAAAGCAGCCAUACAGUUUUUUUUUUCUUUUGAAUAGUUACAGACAGUGCAUGCACAUUACUGAACGUUUGUUAAAUAUUUGUUAUUUUUUAGAAAAACUGAAAAACAACCAAAAAAAGUAUAAAAAAUACAAAAAAUAUUCUAACAAACUAACUUUCCAAAUGCAGAGGUGUAGACUCCGAUUGACAGCUUUAACACUGCAAAGCACCAGGUAACACACAGUAUUAACACAAGAGAUAAACAAAAAAACAAAAAAAAAAAAAAACAACACCAAAAACAGCCAAAGACUGACACCAAGGACCAAAAUCCUGAUUUAAACAAUUUUCAAAAGAGGUUUGUUCACAUAAACAUUUGGUUAUUUAUUUUUAUGCAGGUUUUGUUCACACAGAACAAAAACCAACUUCAGUGUCAUGAAGUCAUUUAUUUUAAUCUCCCUAUGGAAACUGAUAGCACUCAUCUUGCAUUGUGGAAUGAGAAGGUGUGAAUUAAACAUAAUGAACAUUUCACAGCAGCGUUACAUUUUAACUGGAGCAAUAAUAACUAAUGUGACAUGAACACUAAUAACUUAUGUGAUCAUUUUGUUGGAGAAAUUCUUGGGAUAUUUUUCGAUCUUGCUUGUGCAUUUUCUCAUUACACAAAUGUCAGAUUAAGUGCCCAUUUCAGCUUUAAGUUCUUUAUUCUUAAAGAGGUGAAUGUGAGACUGGGCUUUCACACCAAUGUCAUUUACAGCUGUUUUAUAUUUAUUUAUAUCAGAGUAUGUCAUUAUUUUCCUUUGGGAUAGAUAAUCAGUCGCAGCUUUGUUGUAAACCUUCAAUGUAAAUCAAACAAACCUCUCAUUCGCAGUAAGAGAGCACUUACCCUGACGCACACAAAGGCUCUUCACCCCAAACACCUUGGUGCUACACAGAAGCGCGUUACAAAUUCUGACCUCAAGGAACAAGUGGAGGCCCACAAAGGUUCUGGGCAGUUUUCUCCCUCUGUACUUCCUCAUCUCUCCCUUCUUGUCUAAAUAUAAAAUACACACCUGCAUCCUUGACUCUAAAGGGUUAAACAAUCCAAAAAGGUGUAUAACACCCUACUUGCGACUCCUCAGAUGCUGUGAAGAAACAGCCAAGCUGUUUUAACACUAGUGUAUUUGAAAGUAUACAACAAAUAACGUGUGUGUUCAUCAUUAUCAGGGCGAACCUGGGUUUAAAAAAAAAAGAAGAAAAAAGUAAGACAAACAUUAUUGCUCAAUGAUUCUUUGAGAAGCUCUAUUUUUUUCUUUCUUCCCUCCUCUAUGUGUGUUUUGCUACAAAUUCCUCGGUGGCAAACAAGUCUCACUCUACCUCUUACAGCACGAUAAGAGCAUCAGUCGCGGCGCUGAUACUGGUCUAGUCGAAACCAAAUGGGCACAAGAGAACAGGAAAAUAAAAAAACCCAAAGUCAAAGCUCAUACAGCUGCAAAACCAUAUCACUACUUGGUAACAAUGCAGACCUCAUAAAUAAAUGAAACAUAAAUGAAAAGAAAUGAGAAAAAAAAAGUGAAAAAAAAAACUUUUGUUAUGUUCCUUUAUGCCUGUGGCGUUUCUAGAGUACAUCAAGAGUUUGAAUUGUUUGAACAGAUUUAAAAAAAGAAAUUGUGCUAAUUUUAAAGAAAAGUGUCAUUGAUUCCUAUUUCAAUGACACAAGCUAAGGUCACAGUUAAGAAAUGUUGUUUCUCUCUCACUCUUUUUUCUCCCCCGUUUCCCUUCCACCUUUUUCUCCUUUUCUCUUCUCUGUUGUGAAGACAUGCUAAAGUGCUUGUCGACUUGUCAGCUGGGGUAAAUGCAAAAAGGGCGGGAUACACAAAAGGAAAAAGCUUGUAAAAAAUAAAAACAAAACUUAAAAAAAUACUAAGGCUAUGAAUUUAGGCAUGCCUGUUUUUCACAAUAGCAGGAAAUGUUAUUUAAAUUUCCUACUUUAACCAGAAACAUCGGGAAAAUGUGCAGGGCCAACGGUGAACAGCGAACGCCGUAGCAUUAAUCUGGGGGGGAGUGAGUUGAACUUCAGGGGUGGGAGGUUUUUUUUUUCUUCUUCUUUUUUUUGCGUUCUCUUGAGAAAAUUUAUUGUGAAAAAAAGAGCUCAAAUGAUUUGAAGUUGUUGUGCAAUACUUAAUUGAGACAAGAAAACCACAGGUUAGUGGUAGGCUGACACUGAGCGGUCUUUCCAUCGCUUAGGGUCAGUGUCCUCUAGAGAGCUUUCCAGUCUACUAUGUCAGAACUGUGGUUUCUUGUUGAUUUUAUUUCUUUUAGUUUCUUUUUUAAAAUUCUUUUUUGGGCUGUAAACUAUGGUCUGUCAGUCUGUGAAACUUUGCAGUAUAAUUCUGGUAUUGUUGUUCUCUUUACGGUGUAAUAAAUAUGUUAAUACCUGC